UCCGAACUCCAUGGCACGGCACCGCCAUGGCUCCGCUUCCUCUCCCCCUUCCCGCCACUCCCUACCCACCCAAACCCCACGAGUCCCCGCGGCCCGCCCCUCUCCAUGCCGCGCUCGCCUCCCUCUCCCAGCAAGGCAGCGACCACGGCAGCCUCCGCGACGCCUUCGCCCUCGUCUCCCGCGCCGAGCGCCAGUCGAGCCCCGGCGCUGCCGUUGCCGUCGGCCCGGAGGUGUACGUGUCCCUCCUGCAGUGCUGCGUCGCCGCGGGGUCCCUCCCCGCGGGACGCCAGGUGCACGCUGCCGCCGUCAAGCGCGGGCCCUACUACUGCCGCCACGCCUACAUCGGCACCAAGCUCGCGGUCUUCUACGCCCGAUGCGGCGCGCUGGCGGACGCCGAGCGCGUGUUCGACGCGCUACCCAAAAAGAACGCCUUCGCCUGGGCCGCCGUCAUCGGAUUAUGGAGCCGCGCCGGGCUGCACGCCAGGGCCCUCGACGGGUACAUCGACAUGCUGCAGGCGGGCGUCCCCGCGGACAACUUCGUCGUGCCUAGCGUGCUGAAGUCAUGCGCCGGGAUUGGGAUGGUCGGGACCGGGAGGGCGCUGCACGGGUACGCCUGGAAGGCGGGGUUCAUGGAAUGCGUAUACGUAUUGAGCAGCCUGGUGGACUUCUACGGGAAGUGCGGCGUGGUGGAUGACGCGCGGGAGGUGUUUGAUGCAAUGACGGAGACGACGGUGGUGACCUGGAACUCCAUGUUGAUGGCGUAUAUAAACAAUGGGAGAAUCGAUGAUGCUGUGGAAUUGUUCUACCAGAUGAGGGUUGAAGGCGUUCUGCCGACGAGGGCGAGCGUUCUUAGCCUUCUGUCUGCAUCAGCCGAUUUUGAAGCUCUUGAUUGGGGUAGGCAGGGCCAUGCCGUGGCCGUAUCGAGUGGCUUGGCGAUGGAUGUGAUUUGGGGGAGCUCAAUCAUCAACUUUUACUGUAAGGUUGGGCUGGUCGAGGCUGCGGAGGCCGUGUUUGAGCAGAUGGUUGAAAGAGACGCUGUUACAUGGAAUUUGAUGAUUUCUGGGUAUUUGCAGGAUGGGCAGACCGACAAGGCUUUGAUCACUUGUCGAAAAAUGCUCCAGUCUGGCCUUAGGUUUGAUUGUGUGACGUUGGCGUCCAUUAUCAUGGCUUGCAUGACAUCCUGUGGUAUGGAGAUGGGCAGAGUUGCUCACGGCUAUGCAGUUAGAAACAACCUUGAAUCAGACCAAGCAGUUGCUUGUGGCCUGAUAGAGUUAUAUAUGAGUAGUGAAAGGACUGAACAUGCACGCCGGCUGUUCGAUGUGAUGAGUUGCAGAGACAUGGUCAUGUGGAGAGUGAUGAUUUCUGCUUAUGCAGAUCGUGGGAUGAGUUCUCAGGCUCUCAAGGUUUUAUAUCAGAUGCAGCAUGAGGGCAUAUCUCCAAGUGCAGCGUGCUGGGAUUCAGUCAUUUCAGCUUUUAUGAAGAAUGAGCAGAUUGAUGAGGCCCUAGAGAUCUUCAAUGAGAUGCUAAUAACAAAAACACGCCCAAAUCUACGCACAUGGAGCCUGUUAAUAAGUGGCUUGUCUCGAAAUGGUAUGCACUGCGAGGUAAUGAACCUGUGCUGCAAGAUGCAGGAAGUUGAGCCAGCACCAAGCCCAACAAUUUUCUCGGCAGCACUUGUUGCCAUGAAAGCUGCAGCUUCAGUGCAAUAUGGAAAGGCAAUGCAUGCGUGCAUUGUAAAGAAGGGCCUAUUGUUGUCCAAAUCCGUGAUGCAAUCCCUGCUAAACAUGUAUGGCAGUUUCAGUGACAGAACCACGGUAGAAAGUUUACUAGGCUUGCUUGCUGCUGCACAGUAAAUAACGCAGCUGCACAUAGUCACAUUACAUAGCGUUUGCACAUAGUAUCAACUUGCUCAUACUCAUCAUCAGAUUGCUAUUCUUAGAUCAGAAGGUUCCAAUCAGAAAAUGAGCGAGUACAUGGUGCUACCGUUGGCAAAAAGUGUACAGUUUGGGUUUCUGUAACCAGGGAUUGCACGCCGAGAGACAUGUUACAUCUCUGGUGUCUCCCUAGUUUGCUCUUUUUUGUAUAUUAGAAUGUUUGA